AUGGGUAGCAGACGUGCAAAGAAUAAACAGGCCGCUCCUCCAAGUUUUGAUGAAUUUCAAGCAAGAAAAUCUAAGAAAUCUGAGCAUUCGCACAAAGGAAAGAAAAAGGAGACUAGCGGGGACUCUAAGCCAGUAAGAACCAAGCGAAAGGCCGAUGGAGCUGUUGGUAAAACUAGCAAGAGAAGCAAGUCUGUAAAGGCUGACGUUAUAAGCCCAGAGGCUAGCGACGAAGGAGCAGAACUAGUAGGAGAAGAAGCAGCAGAAGAAGAAGCAGAAGAUCAGCUGCCAGAGGUGGAUUUAGAGGCUCUCUCCGAGGCUAAGAAAUCUCUUUUUGAUGACGACGAGGAAGAAGACAGUGAAGGGUUGGAUGAAGACUUGCAGGACGAAUUUGACUUGGAGCAGGAGUACGAGGGCGAAGAUGACGACGAAGCAGAAGAACGUCCAGUUUUCUCCGACGAAGAGGAAGGUGACAUGGAUGAGCUGAACGCAGCAAACAUGGAAGCCCUUUCUAUGAAACUGGACGAGGAGCAAGCGCUUGAAGAAGAAGAGGCCGAGGCGGAAUUGGCCGAGGCAGCUCAACUACAACCAAGGGCCCAAGUGCUACCAACUCCCGAAGAAGAAGAAGCGCUAGCCAAUCAACCUGUUGAUUUGAACUCUGUGAGAACCCGUAUGAUUGAAAUCGUUAAAGUUCUUGAAGAUUUCAAGAAUCUCGGUGCAGAGGGCCGUUCCAGGAGUGAAUAUGUUGAUCGACUCCUUAAGGAUAUCUGUGAGUACUUUGGUUACAGUCCAUUCUUGGCAGAAAAGCUUUUUAAUCUAUUCUCAGCCACAGAGGCCCUAGAAUUCUUCGAGGCAAACGAGAUCGCCAGACCCAUCACCAUCAGAACAAAUAGUUUGAAAACAAGAAGAAGAGACUUGGCUCAAACGUUGGUGAAUCGCGGUGUCAAUCUGCAGCCUAUCGGCUCCUGGACCAAAGUAGGUCUACAAAUUUUUGACUCUCAGGUUCCACUUGGAGCCACUCCGGAGUAUUUGGCGGGCCAAUAUAUCCUGCAAGCAGCGUCUUCUUUCCUACCCGUCAUUGCCCUUGACCCUCACGAAAACGAGAGGAUUUUGGAUAUGGCUGCCGCGCCAGGUGGUAAAACUACUUACAUUUCCGCAAUGAUGAAGAAUACAGGCUGUGUUUUUGCCAACGAUGCCAAUAAAGCUAGAACCAAGUCCUUGAUUGCCAACAUUCAUCGUUUAGGCUGUACCAACACAGUUGUUUGCAACUACGAUGCCCGUGAGUUCCCUAAGGUGAUCGGUGGUUUUGAUAGAAUUUUACUAGAUGCCCCAUGCUCUGGUACUGGUGUUAUUGGGAAAGAUCAGUCUGUCAAGGUUUCUCGUACGGAAAAGGACUUUAUGCAAAUCCCGCAUUUGCAGAAGCAGUUACUUUUGUCUGCCAUUGACUCGGUUGAUGCAAACUCCAAAACUGGAGGUAUAAUUGUAUACUCAACAUGCUCGGUUGCUGUGGAGGAGAACGAAGCUGUCAUUGACUAUGCACUAAGAAAAAGGCCCAACGUUAAAUUGGUAGAUGCUGGCCUAGAAAUUGGUAAAGAAGCUUUCGUCAGUUAUAGAGGUAAAAAGUUUCACCCUAGCGUCAAACUUGCCAGAAGAUAUUACCCACAUGUUUACAACGUCGAUGGUUUUUUCGUUGCUAAAUUCAAGAAGGUCUCUUCAUCUAAAUACGAUGAUAAUCAAGCAAGCGCCAGGGAGAAGGAAAACCAUGCCAGACAAGAAGCCUUGGAAGAAGGUAUUAUACACGAUGACUUUGCUGAUUUUGGUAAAGAAGAAGAUGAAAAAUAUAUCGAGAAAUCUAGGAAGAUUGGUCUGUUGAAGAAGGGUAUUGAUCCGAAGGCCGACAAAAGGAAGGAACCUUCAGGAGGCAAAUAG